GCACGAAGGAGGGGCUUUACCUUCACAGGAUAUUUCCAGGAAACGGACGUCUGCACAUUUAAGUUUCUGUUUGGAAUAACUUCACAUAUCUUCCGCUAGAGAUGGUCAUCAGCAAGAAUCCAGCCUGAAGAAGCAUCUGGAGUUGAUCCAAAAUGAGCCAGUCAACCACAAAGCUACCAGUGGACAAGUGGACCACAGAAGAUGUCCACCAGUGGCUCAUGACAAAUGUCAAAGUUCAUCAGAGUUGUGCUGACAGGUUCUCUGAAGAGGACAUCUCAGGAGAGAGUUUGCUUCUUUUUGAAAAGAAAGAUAUUUUAGACUUGGGAUUGAAACAUGGUCCUGCUGUGAAAAUCACAUCGUUUAUAGAAAAUCUGAAAGCAGGAUCCAAGCAUCAGUCACAGCUGCCAGUAUAUGUGGAGAAAUGGACGAAGGAGCAGGUGAACCAGUGGCUGAUGCAGCAUGUGAAGGUGUACAGCAAAUAUGCAGCACGACUCCUAGAGGAGGACGUGUCUGGAGAUUGCCUUGUUUGCUUCAGGAAGCAGGACCUUCUGGAUGUAGAUGUGAAAAGUGGUCCUGCGGUAAAGAUUCUGGCAGAGCUCCGCCAGCUGAACAAGAAACCAGAGCCAACGCUGCAACCCAUCCUUCACACCAGCAACCCGACAGACCCUACAAAACCCACUCACUCUGAACUGAGUGGGACUCAGGCAACAGAAAUCCAACAACCAGAGUCAUCUGACAAAACUGAACCAAAGAGUUAUGAAGUGAUGGAAAAGGAACCCAAACAGACUCAGCUGCUACCUGGUAAAGCUUCAGAAGAGGAGGAAAUUCAACAGCCAAAGCCACAGAAUGUGGAGGCCAAGAAAAAAGAAACUGCUGCGACCACAGCUGUACCAGAGACAUCCAAGACAGUUACUGUGGAGAUCCAGAAAACCCUCGAGAACCUUUCAAAAGUCGAACUGAAAGAAUUUCAUUUCAAGUUAGAAAACACGACAUCCAAGCAGAAACGUAUUCCUCGGGGUAAACUGGAGCGCAACGACUCCAUGGACACUGCUAGGUUACUGACUGCUCACUAUGGACACAUGGAGGCGCUACAGGUCACAAUACAAACCCUCAGAAACAUCAAUCAGAAUAAUCUUGCCCUUGAGCUUGAAAGGGACACAGAUCAACUGAAGCAGCAGUGUCCUCCAACAAAAGGUGGAAAGAAAGAAGCCAACCAGGGAGACAAACUGAAGGCUUUGUUAACUUGUGGUGGAAACUCACUUGACAACUAUGACAGAUUUGUUGUUGUUGUAAACAAGAGCAGUCCAGAACAAGUGCAGUAUCUGCAAUUUCUGAGUAAGCUGAAAUUGUUCUCUGUGUUAGACUUGGAUCCAAACUCUGCUGCUUCAGGUGGACUGUGCCAUUCAUACAGAGAGUCCAGGGUGGCUAAUCUGCAUACAGCAACACAGUUUCAAGGACAGACUGAGUCAGUGAUAAAGAGUCUCAACCUCUACAAACAGACCAGCUGGGUCUUCUGUAAUGGUCGACAGGACCUGGACAGCGACUCCAACAAGGAGCUGGAUUAUAAAAACUGGCUGAGGAAGUGUCUCAGAGAUAUAGAACAGCUGGUUUCAUUCAUCUGCAACCCUGAAGUUCUUCUCCGUGGAAGAUGUCUCAUCAUAUUCCUUCUGCUUUCACCAGUGGACAUUGACAAAGACCCGAUGUUUGACAUCUACAGGUGUUUCAUAAUGAACACUGUGGAGGAAAACAUCAUCACUAUCUGUGAGUCUCACAGCACAUAUCUGAAAUGGAGGGAACUCAUACUAGAAAAGUGUGACUUUGACAUUGAGCAUCUGUCCAUAAAUGAACUAACCCUGAGCGAGAUCAACGGUACCAUCAUGGGGCUGGGACCAUUAAAUCAGACAUCUGGAAGGCUGCUUCCGUCCUCUGGAUCCAGUGCUGUGGUCCUCAAACAGAAGGAUGAAGAUCUACUGACAGCUCUCGAUGUGUUGUGUCUGAAUCAAUGUGAAAACAUUUACGAUGAAAACAGUUCAGAGUUUCAUGAAUUCCGGAUCAAAGUUGAAGAGCAAUUCUAUAGAGGAGGUAAAGUCAAGUGGUGGAACUUCUACUUCGGUGACAAGGACAAAGAGAAGCCGUUUAUCAAGAGGGACAAGUAUGAAAAUGUGAGGAAGAUGAUCAGAUCUCAGGGGAGAGAUUCAAACAACAUCUGUGUUCUGCUGAACCUGUUUCAUGAUCCGGGUUGUGGUGGUACCACCUUAGCCAUGCAUGUGAUGUGGGACCUCCGCCGAGAGUUCAGAUGUACUGUGCUGAAAGACAACAAUCUGCCCAAAACAGAAGUUGCCAUCCAAGUCCUUAAACUGAUGAAACUUGAAAGUGACAAACCAUCUCCAGUUCUGCUGUUGGUUGAUGACUCGAAGGAAACAGAGAAUCCUAAUGAUCUUGUGAACAACAUACGUAUAGCUGCAAUGGAGGACAGCUUAAACAUAAAUGUGGAUGACACACCAAACUGCAAAGUCAUCAUCCUGAACUGUGUUCGCUCCCACAGUCCAAAGGAACAAUACAAACAGCACAACCAUUUGCAAAAUCAGUACAUCACUGCUUCACUGACACCAGAAGAACAGAGAGAGUUUGAAAAGAAACUGAAAGAGCUCAAAGAAACUCAUGAAAAACCGGAAAACUUUUACAGCUUCAUGAUCAUGAAGAGUAACUUUGAUGACAAAUACAUCAAUGAUCUUGCUCAUAACACACUGGAGAAAUUUGAUCGCAGCACAAAGGAGGCCAAACUGUUUGCCUUUCUAGCUCUACUGAACACAUAUGUGGCAGAAUCAGAAAUUGCCCUCUCUCUUUGUGAGGAUUUUUUUGGGAUGAAAAUGAUCCGGUUGGAAGAGGAGAGUGUUCUGGACAGAAUGAAGCCAUACUCCAACCUUCUCAUCAUAGACACAGUGGAAGAAUGGGGUGGAUACAAAGGAAUCCGAAUCCUUCAUCACACCAUAGCAUCAGCUUGUCUGGACGAGUUGGAGAGAAGUUUCUCCCUAAAAGUGAGUGAUAUUUGCAUGGAGAUGCUGCAGUAUGAUCUGUUCUUCAGUGACAGAGUUGUUAAACACAAACUGAUGCUCUCAAUUCAGAGAAUGUUGAUUGAAAGACAACGAAAGAAAGAUGGAGAUGACAGAGAACCAUUUUCUCCUCUCAUUGAGAAGAUCCACAGCCAGCAGGGAAGACAAACCGUCCAAGAAAUCUUUGUGACAGCAUCCACUAGAUUUGAAACAAGUGCAUCCAUUCCUCAGGCACUGGCGAGAUAUUUGUACAUCAAUGAGCGAGACUUCCCAGAAGCUCUGAAGUGGGCGGAAAAAGCCAAGAACAUUAAAGAAAACCCAUACACGUUUGACACAAUUGGACAAGUGCAUAAAAGCAAUCUGAAGUCCAACAUAGACAGAGAAAAGCAGGAGAAAUCACACAAUCCAGAAGACCUGAACAAAAACAUGAAAAUAGCCACUAAUGCUAUGAAAGCUUUCCAAAGGGCUCAGGAACUAGCAGACAUUGCUGAAGAACCUCAAGGUGAUGACGACGACGACAACGACAACUCAGAGGACUAUCCCAGGAAGUCAUACAACAUUUAUGGUCACGUCAACAUGCUGGAAAUGGCUUUCUUGGUCUUUGAGAUACUGAGGAGGUUGCCUUUCUUUGAGGAACGCAAUCCCAUGAAGAAAAUGUACUUGCAGAGUUUCCUUAGAGGAACACUUAACAUCACCAGUGUGCACAAAGAGGACAAUGAGAUCAACAACAGAUACGUGGAGGUCAUCAAAGAACACGAGCAGUUUCUUGUCAAGCUGAAAACUGAAGCCAAAGAAAAUUUUGAACUCCUCGAUCGUUACUUUGCCUACACAAAAGGGAACUCAGAAUUUGACACAGUGAAUCACAGAAAAGUCAGUGAUCUGUUUAAGAAGUAUGUGGAUCUUUUCUGCACCACACCAGAGGACUUAAAAAAGGAACAAGAAAACAAAUCCCACCUCAGUUCGAAAAUAGAUAUCGAAGAACGUAAAUUGUUUCUUGAGAAGAACCAAGCAGAUACAUUCUCAGGAAUACUUCAGCAUUUGGAUAAACCUGCUGAAGAGAUGGAGAGGAUCACAGAGUGCUACGCAUUCUUACAGCAAACCAUUGUCCAUCCAAAGCAAAACAUACAAGUGAAAAUUAACUACAUUCUGUCCAGCAUUGUUCUUUACCACCUUAAACCAAAAUCCAAACAUGUGAAGAGUACCAGAUACAUCUCUGAACUCCUGAAUGACAUUCUGCAGCGUGUUGGCCUGUGGCACUCCGUCCCCGAUCCAUACUACCUGGCUCUGCUGUUGUUCUGGCCAAGUCCAACUGAGCAGAACACAGAAAUUGGUAAAUAUGUCACUGCGAUUCGAAAGUCCUCCCAGAAGCAUCUGUCCAAGUUCUUUCACAGGAGAAGCACGAUUGCCUACUUAUACUUAGGAAAAGAACAAGGACUCAGGAGGCUUGUCUCAAAAUCCAAACUAGACAGGAGUUUUCUGCCUAAAAUAUCUCGUGAUGCGUUGGCACAGCUGUGGUGGAACGGAGACAUAUUCAAGGAGGAAGCCAUCAUCAGUUGCCUCCUCCGAGUCAGUGGAACCAUCGAACAGGGGGAGGUGUACGCCAACUAUGGAACACUGAAAAUCCCAGUGCGUCCAGCUCGCCUCAGUGGAAUCAGAAGUGGUUUCAGCACAGAAAAAGUCUCCUUCUUCCUUGGAUUUGCCAUUAAUGGACCACUCGCAUAUGAUAUUAAAUAUGAAAACUAGAGAGGAGACAUGUGGUGGAACCAGAGAGACAAGAAAAAGAACUGAAACAAGGCAGACAGCUGAAGAAUGACUCUAAAUAAACCUGAAAACCGUGAUGUAAAUUAGCAUGUGUAGUCAGUGAAACUAGAAGGGUAGAUGAUGAUACUACAGUUGUUCCUGGUUCUAUGUUUGGUUUAUAUUUGUGUGGUAAUGUAUUCUGCUAAAUGAUUUCUAUACACUUUGUGGAGAGAUCAGAUGAGAGAUUUAACGCUAACAGCAGGACAGAAGCUCUGAAAAAGCUUCUUAAUGCAGAAAUAUCUUGUGAGAAACAAAUUAAAUGAAAUUACUGCUUUUCCACGAAAGAAUACCUGAAUAAUGAUGAGAAGAGGUGGCAGUAAUGGACUCAUUUUUUGUUUUGUAGAAAAAUGACAUUUUAGAUGUUUUCUGAACUCUAAACAAUAUGUUUAUGACCCUUAACAUAUGUGAUGUUUUUGUGCAGAUUUUAGGUUGUAACAAGUCUUUAAAUUUCAGGUGUUUCGAUUUUGGCCAGUUCUCAGGUUAUAAAUUAAAUUUAAAUAAAUCUGAACUUUUUCCUGUCAGUAAGGGGACGCCGGUAUCUGACUAUUCCAACUUCCCUUUUAGGAUUGUGGAAAACAAAUUCACUUACCUUAGUAUUACAGUCACGAAAAAGCACAAGUGCCUUUUCAAAGAAAACUUUCUUAAUCUACUAAACCACACAAAACGGUGCCUGACACAGUGGUCACCCCUUUCUACAUCCCUGGUUGGCCGAAUUAACUCUAUCAAAAUGAAUAUUCUCCCUAAAUUUCUGUACAUUUUCCAAUCAAUACCGACCUUCAUUCCUAAAUCAUUUUUUGACACAUUAGAUUCUGUUAUAUCAUCUUAUAUAUGGAAGGGCAAGCGCCCUCAGCUAAAUAAGGUCCAUCUCCAGAAACCUAGAGGAGAGGGGGGCAUGGCGCUGCCCAAUUUUCGUUUUUAUUAUUGGGCAGCCAAUAUCCGCUGUCUUACUUUUUGGUCAUAUUUUCAUAAUCGAUCUGACUGCCCUUCAUGGGUGACAAUGGAGUUGGGUUCUGCUAAAAACUUUUCUAUUGUAGCACUUCUCGGAUCGCCGUCCCCUCUCCCACCAAAUAAAUUCAUAGACAAUCCAGUUGUCUGGCACACGUUGAGAGUGUGGGCUCAGUUCAGGAGACACUUUGGCUUCCUUGAUUUUUGCCUCUCGAGUCCCAUUCUCGCCAACCAUCUUUUUCAACCCUCACUACUGGACCCAACAUUUCAGGAAUGGCGGAGGGUGGGUAUUGAGCGCUUCAGAGAUCUCUUCACGGAUACCGGUUUUGUAUCGUUUGAGAAUCUGGCUAGAGAGUUUAGUCUCCCAAAGUCUCAUUUUUAUAGGUUAUUUACAAAUAAGACACUUCCUCGACUGUCAGAUACCAAACUUCCCUCAGACACCUGAUGUGAACAUUGUUGAGGCACUUCUUAAUUUACAACCAUCACACAAGGGUUUAGUCUCCAUUAUUUACAAUAAACUGCUCGGCAUAAGGCAGGCCCCACUCAGCACCAUUAAAACUGCAUGGGAGCAGGAUCUGAAUCUAACCUUGUCUGAGGGCAUGUGGGACACCAUUUUUAAGUUGGUUAACUCAACUUCUCUUUGCGCCCGAAACUGCUUGUUGCAAUUCAAAGUUGUACACAGGACCCAUAUAUCCAAAUCAAAAUUGGCUCAUUAUUACCCAGAUGUAGAUCCCUGCUGCGACAAAUGUAAGCAAGAGGAGGCUUCACUUAUUCACAUGUUUUGGAGUUGUCCUAGCUUGCAGAAAUACUGGAGGAAAGUCUUCCAAACUCUAUCCGUAAUUGUCAGCUUGGACUUGGAACCCAACCCUCUGAUUGCUCUUUUUGGCACCGCAGAUGAUAUCGAUGUGCGCCUGACCCCUGCUAAAUGCCGAACUCUGUCUUUUGCCUCUCUCCUGGCCAGACAUGCAAUUUUGCUGAGGUGGAGGGAUGCUGCCCCGCCCACUCACGCUCAGUGGUUGAGAGAUGUUAUGUCUUGCUUAAACCUUGAAAAAAUACAUUACUCAAUUUGUAACUCCAAAGAAAAGUUUCAGAAAGUGUGGGGACCUUUUCUGGAAUACUUCCAUAACCUUCAAACUAGCUAGAGAUUGGACCCCUCACUCACACUUUGUUCCUUGUUGUUACGUCAGCAAUAACAAGUGAAAAGAUCAGUCCUCUCUUUGAUGCCUCCUUUUGGUCAAUGUGUGGGUUCAUAACUUAUACAUAUAUUUAUUUCUUUACUUUAUUUCACUUUAUUUAUUUACUAUUAUUAUUAUUUUAUUUAUUUCUUACCUUCUUAGAUUGGAACCUGACAUCCAGCUGUUACUUGUAUCUCUCCAGGAAUUAUGUACAGUUGAUCUAUUUGUCCUGUUGAUUAUUCUAUGUAAAAGUCUGGCUUGGAAAUGAUGGGUGGGUUGGGUGGGUUAGAUAAGGUUGUUUUUUUUUCUGUUUUUUUUGUUGUUGUUGUUGUUUUGUUUUGUUUUGUUUUGUUCUGUGUUGUGUUUUUACUGUCUCCUUACUGUGCAUGGACAGACAGGACUAUCUUUCUUGUCUUGAGUUGACUGUGUAUUUUAUAAAUUUCCUGUCACUACCAUACAUCUGUACCAUAUAUUUGUGGAAAAAUUCAAUAAAAAUAUCUUUGAGGAAAAAAA